AUGUCCCAUUACAACCACUCCAACCCCUCCACCUUCAUCCUGAAGGGCAUCCCCGGGCUGGAGGCCAGCCACUUCUGGAUCGCCUUCCCAUUCUGCAUCAUGUACUGCAUAGCACUGCUGGGGAAUCUCACCAUCCUCCUGGUCAUCAAGUCUGAGCCCAGCCUGCACCUGCCAAUGUACUACUUUCUCUGCAUGCUGGCUGGCAUUGACCUGGUCCUCACCACCGCCACCGUGCCCAAGAUCCUGAGCAUCUUCUGGUUCCAAUCCCAUAGGAUCUGCUUCCACUGCUGCGUGAUCCAGAUGUUCUUCAUCCAUGGCUUCUCCGCCGUGGAGUCUGGGGUGCUCUUGGCCAUGGCUUUUGACCGCUAUGUGGCUAUCUGCAAGCCCUUGCACUACACCAACAUGUUGACCAACUCAGUCAUUGCCAAGAUUGGGUUGGCUGCUGUUGUGCGUGGCAUCGGCCUGAUGACCCCCCUGACAUGCUUGGUGAGCAGUCUGUAUUACUGCAGGAGCAACAUCAUCUUCCACUCCUACUGCGAGCACAUGGCAGUGGUGAAGCUGGCAUGUGGUGACACCACACCUAACAACAUCUACGGCAUCACAGCUGCUACGUUUGUGGUGGGCUCAGACUCCAUCUUCAUCACAGUUUCCUACAUCCUGAUCCUGAGGGCCGUCAUGAGCCUUUCCUCCAAGGAGGCACGGCUGAAGUCCUUUGGCACCUGUGGUUCCCAUGUCUGUGUCAUCCUGGUCUUCUUCAUCCCAGGACUCUUCUCCUUCUACACGCAGCGUUGGGGCCAGCACAUCCCUACCCACCUCCAUAUCCUGCUGGCGGACCUCUACCUGCUGGUACCACCUAUGCUCAACCCCAUCAUCUAUGGGAUGAAAACCAAGCAGAUUUGGGAGCAUGUGCCCAGGCUGUUCUGUUGA